AUGGAUUCAACAUCAAAAGAACAAGAGAUUCUUAAGGGUUAUAUUGAAAAGUUAUCAAAAUCCAUAAAUUAUCAACAAAUUAAAUAUGAAUUAUCCAAUUUUUUAGAAACAAAGGAUACCUUUAUAUCAAAUGACUUCAAAGAGUUAAUGCAAAAGAUAAUAUCGGUCAUUAAAUCUCCAGAGACCUUAAUUACAUUGUCAACAACCAGUAAGCAAAGAAUAAGCUUUCUAGAGUCAUUAAAAAUGGAUACAAUAAUCGAUCCUCAAGAUCAAAUAUUUAAACCAAUUCAUUCAACUAUAGAAUCAUUAAAAGAACUAAGAAAUCAAAAAAUUCAACAAAUAAACCUAUCAAAUAAAGAGCUACUAUAUAUAAAUCAACUAAUGAAUCAAUUGAUCUCAUCAUAUCAAGUGUAUAUUGAACAGUUUAUAGAAAAAUUAAUACACAAUUGCAAGAACAAUCCAAAAAAGAAUAACCUUACUCUUUUCAAGGAGCCUUUGAUUUUAAUUAAUGACCAGUUACAAUUCAAACAAUUGAUAGUAUCCGAUGAUGAACUUAUUAAUAGUAGAAUAGACCUGUUAAACAACACUUUAAAGAAGAGUAGUAGUAAUCAUAAUAUCAAUACAAUGGAUAAUAAUAUUAAUAUCAACGAUAAAAUCCAAAUAAAAAUUAAAAGAAAUAAUCCAGUCAAGGAAGAUGCCUUCUAUUCCUUCUUUCAUCAGCUAUUUAAUGACCAAAGUAAUUUAAUAACCCCAACACAGUUUUUAAUAUUAAAUAAUAAUAAUAUAAAUAAUGAUAACUAUAACAGUUUUAUUCAAAUGUCCUUAUUUUCAAAUGGUACAAGUCUAGAAAAAUUCCUAAAAGAAAAUCAAGAUGAUAUUUUACAAACUAAAAGAAUUAACAAAGAAAGUUUCAGUCAUCAUUUCCUUAUUGAUCUAUUGCUCUAUCCAUCAAAUUCUAAAGCCUCCCAUUAUAUUUUAGACCCAAGUACUAUGAAGUUAAUAAGAGUGAACAAUGGAAAUAUAUUGGAACUAAAUGAAUCAAAUCUAUUAAUAAAAUCAAAAUCAAAUAUAGAUCCAAUCAAUACAAGUAACGGUAUCACUUCAAAUAGUCCAUGUGAAAGUUCCGAAAUUAAAGAGGGUUUAGAAAAUAAUCUUGAUGGUGCUGAUAUUAAUAAUAACAAUGUUUUUCCAUCAACUUCAAAUAAUAGUUAUAAAAUUAAUAAUGUUAGAAAUAGUUUCUUAAAUCAUUACUUAAAUUUAAAUAAUAUUUUAUUUACAAUGAUAUUAUUAAUGCAAGAUACAAUCCAAAAAAAUAUAUAUGAUAAAAUUAUUCAACAACAACCAAAUUUAUUCAUUUUAAAUUGGUUAAUUUCAUUAUUACAUAAAGAACAAACAUAUGAGUCAUUGGUAAAGUCAUCAUUUACAACAAUUCCAUACACUCCACCCUCAACUACUCAUGCAGCAACAACAGCCACAAAUAUAACAUCAUUACCACAUUCCAAUACAUCACUUAAUGAUUCCAAUAUAAUCAAAAAUAUAAAUAAUAAUCAAAAUGAUAUAAACAAUUAUUUAAAUAACUUUUAUCAAAAAAUAGAUUUUCCAUUAAAAUUCAAACCUGGAUCAAUAGUUUUAAUGUUAAAGAGAUUCUUCAAAAUUAAACAUAUUUUUGAAAAUUAUCAAAAACAACAAAAUACAAUUACCCAUUAUGAAUUGUUAAAAGAAGUAGAUCCAUUGGCAUUCCACUGCUACAAGUCUUUAUCGUUUUUAAAUCAACUACCUUUACAACAAGUUUCUAUUAUCAAUAAUCAAAAAUUAGAUAUAAAGAAAUUAAUUAUUGAAAAUUCCACAGUAUCAAGUUUAGAUGAAGCCAAUUUGCAAUCACUAUUUCAACAGGUUGAGAACUAUAACUGUAGUGAUCCUUCUCAAGAUUUAUCAAUUAAAGAGACCAUUAAAGAAUUAAUUUUAAAUUCAGAUUUUGGUCAGUUCAAUAAUGAUAGCUAUUUGGUUGAAUGGUGGAUCGAAACUAUUAUUAAAAUUGGAAAAUCAAACUAUUUUACCCCGGAUGAAAUCCAGUUUUCAAGUUCUUGGAGAGAUAAUGCUAGUUCAAUUAUUUUAAUAUUAUUAGAAAAAGAUUCCCCAAGUCAAUUAAUCAAAGAGUUUAUGCGAAUUAUAAAACUUUCACCACAAGAGUUAAAUGAUAUGGAUAUUUUAUUGCUAUUAUUAAAUCAACAUAAAACUAUUUCAGAUAUAAAGAUGGUUGGGAAGGUCUUAUUUUUAAUUUCAAAUGGUUGUGAUGUUAAUAAAAUAGGCGGAAAGAACCAAACUCCAUUAGAAGUUGCAGCUUUAAAUAAACUUUAUGAAACAUUCAAAAUUUUAAUAGAUUAUGGUGCAGGUAAAAAAACUGUACACUCUGUCAUAAACAAAUAUUAUCAAUCCUUAACUCAAAAACAAAAAUUAGAUUUCAAACCAUACCUUUUAAAGCUAUCCUUUAUAAACCCAAAAAUUACAUGGAAAAUUGCACUACAACAACUUUUACCAUUAAGCUCAUUCCCAAUUCCAAAUAAUACAUCUGCUUUUACAAUCAUUUCAACUAGUACAGAAGGUGAAAGAUUAUUAUCAAAUGAGUUCUAUAAUCAAUUGUUUAGUAGUUUUGAUGGCUCCCCAAGAAAGACUAACCUUUAUGGUACAAGACAUGUCCCAUUAAUUCAAGAUCAAUAUGGUAAUGGAAUUUAUUUCAAAUUUUUUCCACAGUUGCCCGGUACAGAAAUUGCAAUUAAUAAAUUAUCAGAGAUAUUAUUUGGUUAUUUGACACCUUAUUGUGAAAUUGCAUCUAUCAAUGAAAUUCCGGUACUCUUGGUUCAACAAAUUAAUGGAGAGGUAUUGCAUGAUGUAAUAAUGAACAACCCCGAAAAGCUUGACCAGUUAGAUCCAUCAAAUAUUUCAAAGCAAUUAACAAUGUCAAUGAUAACCAACAAUGCUGAUGGAAGCUUAGGUAAUUUUAUAAUAUCACCCAUUCCCCAAUUUAAACCAAUCAGCAAAGCAAACUCUGGUCUAUCCUAUAGAUUACUUGCAAUUGAUAGUGACCAAUGUUUUUCACCAUCCUCCAGUAGACAACUAAAAAAUACAAAUGGGUUUUUAUCUACAUUAGCUCCAACUGUUGCAAAGCAAAUACAAAUACCAUCAACAAAACCAUCACUCCAAGUGGAAACAUGUCUUUUCUUUUUAAAACAAAUGAACGAGCCAAUUCAUCAAGAUAUUGUCGAUAGUAUUGUUGGGCGUGAUAUUUUAGAGGUUUGCGAAUAUUGGCUUAUAGGUUUAAAAUUCCAUCAUCAAUACUCUAUUGAUCACUUUAAACAAUUUACAAAAUAUCAAAAAGAUAGAAAGACUGUUAUUGGUAUUACAUUUGCUGAAGGAUAUAUUAAAUAUAUUUUUUCAAAACUUUUAAGGUUGCAAAAGACAUUAGAAAAAAAAUCAAUCAAAAGUGUUACCCAUUUUGAACUAUUAGAAAUUUUAGAACCCACAGUCGCCAGUAGAUAUAAACAAAUUCUUUCAAACAGUAUAAAAAAUUCACCUAGAUCACCAAGAGCAUUAUCUCCAGCUGUAGAUAGUUUUUCAAAGAAAUUUAUCGAAGACUAUAAAACUCUUAAAGGUGCACAAUUUUACAAUUUAACAAACUCUAUAAACUCUUGCACUUUCAUUUUAGAAUCAAGGGAAUUACCAAAUCCACAAGAUAUUAUUCCUCUAUUGCUAUCAAAUAAAUUAGGUCCAGAUCAAGCAAUGCAAGAAUUAAAUGAUAUCAAAGGUCAAAUAGAUGCAUUAAAAGUUUUAAAUCUCAUUAAACUUAAUGAAUCAAUAAUAGAUUCAUUGUUAGAACAAUUUUUAAAACAAGCUAAUUUCAACAGUUUAUCGGCUCAUCAACAAAUCAAACUAUUUAAUUUAAUUAAAAUUAAAGAUAUACGAUUCCUUUAUAUUGAUAAUAGUACCGAACUCACAACAUCUAUUUUCAAAUUAUUUAACUUGGACUUAAUAAAGAAAAUUUCAAUUUCAAAUUGCCGUUACAUAACCAGUAUUUCAAGUGGAGCAACACUUCUUAGUAGUAGUGGUAGUGUUAUGGGUUACAACGUUUUAGAAAUGCCUGUUCUCACUGACUUAAAGGUUAUUCAAUGCGAUGGCCUUACAACCAUUGAAUUAAAAGCAAGAUCUUUACACUCACUCAAAGUUAUUGAUUGCAAAAACUUACAAAUCUUUGAAGUAGAUGCUCCAAGUUUAAAGAUUUGCAAUUUAGAUGGCUCUAUCCAGCACCAGCCUAUCUAUACAAAAUUAUUAGAGUUUGAAGAAUUAGAAUAUUUAAAUAUCUCUCGAGUUAAUUUAAUUUCUAUUGGUUUGUUGGAACAAACCUUCUUUCACUUUAAAAACUUGAAAACAUUUAUUGCAAAAUCAAUCAAGCAUAAUGGAACUGUAUAUUUAAAUAUGCCAAAAGUGGAAACCAUUGAUUUUCAAGAUUGCACCAAUUUAUCUUAUAUUAAAGGUGGUACGCCAUCAUUGAAGAGCUUAUUACUACCAGCAAAUUUAUCUUCAACAGAAAAAGAAAUAAUUACAAGAAUCAAAAAAAGAUUUAUAACUUUAGUAGGUAAAUUUAUAAUUUCAGAUCAAUUCCAAAAAGAAGUUGACUAUGUAGUAAAUAGAUCACCACACGAAUAUGUAUUUGAUAUUCAAUUCUAUUCAGAUUAUUCAAAGAUCCACUUCCCAAUUUCAAGUUUAAUUACAAUAUUUUUAGAUUUAUCCUCAAAUAAAGAUACAAGUGUUCUAACACGCGAAAGCUAUUCGACCAUUAAUAGUAAUUCAAUUGCCCCAUUUUCAAUUAAAAAUCCAUGUCCAACUCUACUUAUGGUUUUAGGUAUUGAAUCUAAGCAAGAAUUAAAUGAAAAACAAUUGCAAGAUAUAAAGCAAUAUAAAAAUAAUCAUCAUAUUCAAAAAAAUAACUCCAUUGAAGACUUCUUAGCUUUGGAAACCAAGAUUUCAAAUUUGGAAUCCAAAAUAAAAAACAAAGAGGAAAUUCAUUAUAGUAUAACUCUUUCAGAUGACACAUUGUUUUUAAAAACACUAUGCUAUUUAUUUUCAGCAGUAUUCCCAUUCAUAAUUUAUAUAUUAUGGAUAUCAUUUGAAUUCAUAUUUGGAACAGUAACAGAAGACUACCAAAAUGAAUUAAUAGAAUUAAAUAUUUAUAUGGAGAUCUUAUUAGAAGAUAAAAACCUCCAAGCUGAUUUAAAAAGUUUACAAAUAUAUGAAAGAGUUAUAAAAAAGAAAAAUAAUCAUAGGGCUCAGCAACAACAACCAGAGAGACUUCAAGAGAAACCAAAAAUACCCCAAAUUUUAAAUCAAUGGGCUUCAAAAGAAAUUGAACCAAAAGAAAACAAUACUAUCUUGGGGGAAUUAAAAGCCAUUAAUAAUCAUUUGUCAAAUUUUGUCGUUUUGAGAAGUUUAGAAACUGAUCAACUUGACCUCUUUUUAUCAAAUAUUAUAAAUUGUGCUAUUUAUUUCGAAAAUGUACCAGAUGAUGUCAAAACUAUUAGUAGUCUAAUAGUUUCACAAGUAUUUGCUCAAGCACAUUUUGAUUCAAAUAUUUCACAAGAUCAUAUAGAUAUGAUCGAAUCAUAUAUUUUAGAGCUAUACAGAAUCAUUAAUAAACACACAAUGUAUAGAUAUCAUCAAAUAGAAGGUACUAUUUCCGUAUUUAAACAUUUCACAAAUUACCUCCAAAAUAAUCAAUAUAAUGUUAUAAUCAAAGAUAUGGUUUUAAUCGACUUGGUUUGGAGUUCUGCUUUAAAUUUCUUUGAAGAUUUAGAAUAUCUUGAACUUAAGCAAGAAUUCCGUCAAUUGUAUAAUGAUACCUAUUAUAUCGUUAGCAAUUAUUUCAAUUUUACCAGCGAUACCAUCCGUUCAGAAAACCUUAUUAGAUUUAAUAACAGUAUUAAAAAUUUCUGGGGUAGUUUAUAA